AUGGAAGUUGUUCGUACAGCACAAGAGAAUGUCUACCAUUUAGAUUGUUUCUCAUGUGUGAGUUGUACACGUAUGUUAAAUACAGGUGAUGAAUUCUAUCUUCUUCAUGAUCGAAAAUUAAUGUGCAAAUCUGAUUUUGAAGCUGCAAAAGCUCGAGAAGCUGAAUUAGAUAAUGCAAAUAAACGUCCAAGAACAACUAUUUCAGCCAAACAACUUGAGGCUCUGAAACGAGUUUACAGUGAAAGUCCUAAGCCUGUCCGGCAUGUUAGAGAACAGUUAAGCGAAGAAACUGGUUUAGAUAUGCGUGUAGUACAAGUAUGGUUUCAAAAUCGUAGAGCAAAAGAAAAACGAUUGAAAAAAGAUGCUGGAAGAAAUUUAUGGUCAAUCUCUGAUUCACUGUUAGUCAAUAGUACAUCAACAAGUAUAAGCAAUACCAAUACACCUGUCUGCAUUAAUGGAUCUCAUUUAUUUUCAACAGGUUCAAAUGAUUUAGACAAACAUUCCACACAGUAUUGUGGUGAUACAUCAGUAACAUUAGAUGAUUCGACUAGUGGUGACGAAUACCUGUCUAAAGAUGAAUUCCAGCGUUCUGGUUUAAGUGAUACGGAUAGUGACUGUUCAAAUGAUCCUGAAGAUACUAAUGAAUCGUUAGAUCUUUCCAUUAUGGAAGAUUUUUCACAUCAUAAACAAUUGACAGACACAAUAUCCGAUGAAAAAUUACCAAUCAAUCGAAGCGAAUAUUCAUAUGAAAAUGAUACACUACCGAAAUCUAUCAGUUACCAGACAGCCUUUGAAUCUACACUUUAUAAUACGUAUCAAACAGUUGAUCAAAUAAUUUCAAAUAAAACUGAACAAAAGAAUGAAACAAAAGCAUUAGUAUCCAGUGAAAAAUGGUUAUCUCCUCCAGAGUAUUUUCAACAUCAGCAGCAACAGCAGCCACAGACAUUUCCAAGUAAUAAUCAAUCAUUUAAAUCUGAUAGUCUGAAUAACAACAUGAAUAGUUCAAUCCCGUUAGAUAUCAACAGACAGGAUAAUUCACCGCUUACAUCAAAUCCAAUAAUUUCAAGUUAUUUCAAUUUAAAUAAACAAUUCAUGUUCAAUGAUGAACUGUUUAUGAAAGAAACCUACUUACAUCCUGUUGAGUACUUUCCUUAUAGUUUGAACACGAACAGUUUGUCACAGCAUAGUAUUCCUCAGUCAAGUUCAUCAUAA